AGCUGCUGAACGAUAGGAUAAUGGGAGUACUGGAGAAGGAACAUAGCAUUAGUGAGGGCCAGGCAGGUUUCCGCAAGAAGAGGGGGUGCGUAGACCACGUGUUCACGGUAGGGAGAAUCAUCCAAGGUAGAAAGAGGGCGGGAAAGCCGACGUACUGCUUCUUCCUGGACGUGAAAAAGGCAUACGACACCAGGGCGGGAAAGCCGACGUACUGCUUCUUGCUGGACGUGAAAAAGGCAUACGACACCGUAUGGAGAAAUGGGUUGUGGAAACAACUGUCCAAAUACGGGAUCAAGGGGAAAAUGUGGAGAGUGCUGAAGAAGNAAGGUAGAAAGAGGGCGGGAAAGCCGACGUACUGCUUCUUCCUGGACGUGAAAAAGGCAUACGACACCGUAUGGAGAAAUGGGUUGUGGAAACAACUGUCCAAAUACGGGAUCGAGGGGAAAGUGUUGAGAGUGCUGAAGACGAUGACAAGAUUGUACGAAAAGCGCGGUCAUGCUAGACGGAGAACGGUGUUCAUCAACGAUCUGUUGGAAGUCGUAGAGGCAGUCCGGAAGGGAGUAAAAGUAGGGGACACGGAAACGUCGGUUUCAGGAAUGCUGUUUGCGGAUGAUUUUGUCGGUAUGUCGGACACCCCUGAGGGACUGCAACUGCAAAUUGACGCGGCGAAGAAGUUUACUGAUAAGUGGAGAUUGUCUGCCAACGUUCAGAAGAGUGCCGUCAUGGUAUGCAACGAGAACAAGGAGGAACCAGUAGAACAUAGAUGGAAGUGGGGGAUCGAGGAGAUUGCAGUAGUGGACCAGUACACAUACCUCGGAGUAGAGAUCGCAAAAGACUGCUCGUGGAAUGCACACAUGUCCAAGGUAGCGGAAAAGGGCAAAGCACGAGCAGGGAAGCUGCACCCAAUACUCGCAAACCGGCACCUCGAUACACGCAUCAAAUUGACGGUUUUGAAGAGCGUAAUUGUACCGCCGCUAGAGCACGCCGGAGAAAUGAAAGCAGCGAAAAUCAUCCUAGGAUGCUCCAGGCGCACAAGUAAUGCAGCCGUGAGGGCAGAAUUGGGGAUCCAAUCCCUACGGUCGGGAAGAGACGCGAGGAAGCUGACCUGGCAGUAUCGCAUGUGCGGGAUGGGAGAGGAGAGGUUGCCGAGAAUUGUAUGGGAGGCGAAGUGGGCAAACAAAAAGAGGGGUAGACAACCCACGGAAUGGGUCAAGGUUGUAGAGGACGUAUGGAAGGGGCUCGACAUCGACGAAGAUGAAACGCUUGAAACGGAGGGUCUACAGGGGUUUGAGGAGAAGAUGUCUGUUGCUUGUGCCGAGAGAGAAGAACAGAAUCUAAGGAAAGAAUCCAAGGAUAAGGAGGGUCUAGAAGUGUACGGAAUGUUGAAGGAAGGAAUAGGGUUCAAGGACUACCUACAUGGACCAAUGGAUGCAGGAACAAAGCUUAAGGUCAAAUUCAGGACCGGGGACAUAGGCCUUCGAGAACGUCGACGAAGACAUAGGACGGUAGACGAGGAAGACGACGAGUUCAAAUGUGAUUGCGGCUUCGAAUGCGAAGACCGUGUUCAUGUAGUCGCGGAAUGUCCGUUGUACAAGAAGGAGAGGGAAGUGUACGUGACUGAGCAGGGAAAAGUAGAUAGGACGUACAGGGAGAUGUUUGAGGCAUGGAAUAGAGAGGAAAGAACGGUAGCUGUACUGGGGCAUAGGAGGUGGGUCGAAAAGGCGAGAAGGUAUAUCGUUAGGAUCGACAAGACUAGGGAAGACAUUUUUGAGCCACCUUUGGCAAAGUAGAAAGGAA